CGCGACUCCCAGCCCCCUCCCUUUCCUUCUUUCUCCUUGGACCGGCUUGAGAUGUGACUUGCAGCCCAUCGCGAUCCGCUUGAGUCUAUGCGCCACGUCUAGUAAUACCACUGAUCGCGAUGUCCUUCCCUUACUCCCAGGAUGCUCGCCGUCGGCGGGUCGGGGCCGGAACCGGCUUCAGCUCCUCCGGCAGGCGGACCGUCCUGGGAUACUGGGUGCCUCUUGCCGUGACAGUCGGCGUCGCAACGGUCGGGAUUGCCGCCUGGAUCUGGAGCGAACGCAGCGAGGACGAUGAUGAUAACAACCGCGAUGCCCCCCGAGACGAUGAAGGGUUCCCCGCGCCGGGCCCCGAUGCGGAGGGCUACCCUCGCGGCGAGUUCGAGGACGAUUAUGGUCGAGCAACAGGGACCGAUAUCCAUGGCGACCACCCGGACGAUGUCAGCAUGAUGGCGCGCAUGCAGGGAGCUCUACGCCGGACACCAAGUCCCCAACAGAUCUUCGACGGCGCCAGCAAGAGGGUCGCUGCGGGCAUGGCGGCUGCGGGAGCUUUCGUGGGCGGUGCGCUGACAUCGAUCCGGGAGGAAGAUAGGGGAGACUUCGAGGAUCACUCGCGCUGGUCAGAGGAGGUGGCAUCCAGAGCCCAGCGGGCAGAGCAGUCGACCGCCGUGCCGCCAACGAUGACCGGGGCACUGCCCACUCGCGACAUUGUCGGUGGCCCGAUUCCGUCUAACAAGAAGAAGACUGUCGCAAUCGUUGUCUCAUCACAGUCCCUGCAUGUCGACCCCGAGGAGUUUGUUUCUCAGCAUGUGUCUAUUCUAUCCCAUCUCCCCGAACACGUCAACAUGGAUACCACCAGAGUCUUUAUCAUGAUCUACGCGCCGGGUCUGAAACACGCUCCCAACCAAGGUGGCACCUCUCAAUCCACCUUAUCCGUUACCUCAUCCUACUCCAACAUUGCUCCCGAAGAAGCUACGGCUUCUGGAGAGUUGCCUGGAAGAGACUCACCUACGGAAUCUCGUCAGAUCGAUGAACCUGAGGGCGCAACGCCGCGGUUCAAGACAUUGUAUACUCAGGCUCAGGCGAUCGUAGAGAAGGAGAAUACGAUCAUGCCAUUCAGCACCGCCACAGGAUACGUGCAUCUUGUGCGUCACAUCUCUCCAGACACCGUCUACGUCCAAGAAUCCAUGGCGGGGCGUGAGGGAGAGGCCGUCCAACACAUCGCGGGAUGGGUCCGACAGGUGGUGGUGGUGGUCGGAGACGAAGGCGGUCGGGGUGGUUUGAUAGAUAGUGACGAUGAGUCGGCUCUCGCCGACAAAGGCGAGAAGUGGUGGCAGAAGGAGGGCACGACCGGCAUAGGUAAACGCAUUGAUGUGGUCGACGUGCACCGGGUUGGCGAUGACUGGCGACGGAGGGUGUCAGGACUUGACUAGGGAGCCUCCAGCUGUGUGGUGGCAUCUCUCUCCUCUCUAUGCUUUCUCUUUGACCUCUUCCGGGCCUCACGGGCCCCUUGAUGAUUAUUCUAUGUUUGAUUCCCCUGCAUUUAUGACGCGUGAUGUUUGAUGUUUUUU